CAGGGCAAGGGGAAGCUCAUAAAUAGGGCCCAGCCUGGGUCUGAGUUCAGGGCUGGAGGCUGCUGCUGUGCGGGCUAGGCGGCUGAGGAAGUGGUGGUACUUGCGCUGGCCGCCUUCUCCCAGUCCUCUACAGAUACGAUGGUGGCUUUGCAGAAGAAGCAGUCCUUGUUGUUCAUCAGGUGCUGGUUGAUACAGGCUCUACAACGGGGGAGGAGGGGGAGGAGGAGGGCCUGUGUAUCCCUGCUGCUUCCCCAGCCCCCUGCGCCCAUGGGGCCCACUUACUUGCAGGACUUAUGGCCACAGGGCUGGAACACGGCGGAAAUGGGGUGAGCAUAGCAGAUGGGGCAGAGGUCCUCCUCGCUGGUGGGCUGCAGGGAGCAGAGCGCAGGGUGAGCUGGGGCCGGAUGCCCAGACAAGGAGACGAGGAGCCUAUGUAGUGUGCACAGUUGUGCCAGCGUGUAUGUGGGCGGCGCACAGCCGGAUGCCGCGGCACCCACUCACCAGGGAGGCAGCAGCUGCCUGGGCAGAGGCAGAGGUCAGGUGUGCCAGCAUCUGUUCCACCUGGGCCAGCUCCUCCGCGCUGAUGUAAUCUGUGUCUGCGGGCGGUAGCAGGUGUCAGACCCAACGUAGCCCUCGAACCCAGUGCCUCUUAAGUACCGCAACUUGGGGUUUUGCUCUUCUUGAGACUCCUGAUCUAGUCCAGCCCCAAACCCCUGACCCACCCCCAGUCCACUCACAGCUCUGCAGGGAGAAGCGCUUCCGGUCAGGGGCAGGCAGGGCAGUGCCAGGGGCAGGGGGCUCUGGCUGCCCCAGGAGAUAACAUAUAGAGCUGAGCUGGAAGCAGGGAUCAGCAAGGAGCACGGAUGUGGCUCGCUCUCUCCUAGGUGGGAGAGGGGGACAGGCGUAGUCAGAAAGCAGUACCUGCUGGAGGGGCGGGGGUGGUGGGACAAUCCAGCUCACCUCUUGUUUUCACCCACCGCCCCCACCCCAUGCCCCUCAUCCUAGAGCCCAGUAAGAACUCAUACAGCCUGGGUGCCAGUUUAAGGGGGUGACCAGCAGAUAGUGAAAGUCUGCCUACCCCUAAUAAACACUAACUCUCCAAAGAAAACAAAUAAAGAACAUCAUUAGCAGCUUAAAGGAGUGCUUCCCAGGUUUCCCCUCCUACUGUUCUGGGGGAGAUGGGCACGGGCAAAGCCACUGGCCAAGCACAGGCUGGGGCAUUGGGGGCGGGCUCGCGCCCCCUCUGGCGGCCAGGCGGGGAACCUCGGUCGCGGGGAGGAGAGGGGCUGCCCCGCCCCCUCCAACAGGAGCCAAUGGGAGGCUGCGGCCCCGCCCUCCUCCGUGAGAGUAUUUAGAAGCUGACCAGGGAAGCCAGAGGAGAGCUGGGGAAGCCAGAGGAGAGAGUGCGGAGGGCAGGCCGGCCCCAAAUCCCGCCCCGGAGCCGGGGGAGCAGGGGCGGUGGGCGUGCGGGGCUGAACCCACAGCCAGCAGAAGUGGGUGAGUCCCGGCGCGGCGUGUCCGGCACAGAGCUGCCCCGUCCCAGCCCCAGGCAGGCGCCACCAUGGUCUGGCUGGUGCUGCUGGGCGCACUGCUGUGCCUGUCGCGCGUCGGGGUGGGUGGCCCGGGCGCGGAGGGCUUCCUGCCCUCCGGUCCCCGUGACUGCCCCUACAGAUGUGUGUGCGCUGCCGACCUGCUGAGCUGCGCGGGCCUGGGGCUGCAGGACGUGCCGGCCGCGCUGCCCGCCGCCACCACAGACCUCGACCUGAGCCACAACGCGCUCCAGCGCCUGCGGCCCGGCUGGCUGACGCCCCUCUCCCGGCUGCGCGCCCUGCGCCUGGGCCACAACGAGCUGGACGCGCUAGGUCGCGGAGUGUUCACCAACGCCAGCGGCCUGCGGCUGCUCGACCUAUCGUCUAACGCGCUGCGGGCGCUGGGACGCCACGACCUCGAAGGGCUGGGGGCGCUCGAGAGGCUGCUGCUGUUCAAUAACCGACUGGCGCACUUGGACGAGCUCGCCUUCCGGGGCCUGGGCGCACUCAGCCGGCUCUACCUGGGCUGCAACCAGCUCUCCUCCUUCUCCUUUGACCACCUCCACGGCCUGGGCGCCACCCACCUCCGUACUCUGGACCUCUCCUCCAACCGCCUGGGCCGCAUCCCCGUGGCUGCCCUGGCUGCCCUGCCGGCCUUUCUCAAGAACGGCCUUUACUUGCACAACAACCCCCUGGCCUGCGACUGCCGCCUCUACCACCUGCUGCAGCGCUGGCUCCAGCGGGGCCUCAGUGCCGUCAGUGACUUCGCCCCACAGUACAUGUGCCUGGCCUUCAGGGUGCCCACGUCCCGCGUGCGCUUCUUUGAGCACAGCCGCGUCUUCGAGAAUUGCUCGGCCAGGGCGGCCGGGGGCCUGGAGCGGCCCGAAGAGCAACUGCACGUGCAGAUGGGUCGGCCCCUGACGCUGCGCUGCAACACCAGCGCCCCGGCUGUGCGCAUCGCCUGGGUGUCCCCAAAGCAGGAGCUGCUGAUGGCCCCGGGGUCCCGAGACGGCAGCAUUGCGGUGCUGGCCGACGGCAGCCUGGCCAUCAGCAACGUGCAGCCGCGGCACGAGGGGCUCUUCGUGUGCCUGGCCGCCGGGCCGCGCCUGCAUCACAACCAGACGCACGAGUACAACGUGAGCGUGCACUCCCCGCGCCCGGAGCCCGAGGCUUUCAACACGGGCUUCACCACCCUGCUGGGCUGCGCCGUGGGCCUGGUGCUCGUGCUGCUCUACGUGUUCGCGCCGCCCUGCCCGGGCUGCCGCCGCUGCUAUCGCCGCACCUGCACCUGCCGCCGGCUCUGCUGGCCCCGCGGGCCCGGCCCCCUCCAGGAGCCGAGCGCGCGGCCGUCGGGGCUCGGCACCACCCCGCCUGACGUGCCCAGCCGCAAGGCCAGUGUGCACAAGCAUGUGGUCUUUCUGGAGCCGGGCAGGAGGGGCCUCAACGGGCGCGUGCAGCUGGCGGUCGCCGAGGACUUUGAUCUCUACAAUCCCGUGGGCCUGCGGCUCCACGCUGGCUCUGAGUCGGCUAGCUCCACGGGCUCCGAGGCGCUGGUGAUGACCUAGGCCGCCCUGGGCUCAGAGCCAGGCCACCGCCCGCCCGCUGCUUUGCCCCGCUCCCCGCUGCCGCCCCGGGCAAGAGCUGCCAGAUGCUGGUGGGGGCGCUGGGCUUGGUCCUCCAGCCUCCUGUGUGGCCUUGACCUCAACUACAGCAGCCCCACUCGCUGAUGGAAGGGCUGGGCUCCCCGCCCUCUCUCCUGCUCUGCUCUCACACAGGGCUCAAAGGCCGGAGGCCCCCGCAGGACCUGCUGGUGCCCAAGUGUCCCCCGAGGCCUGGAACUGGGGCCAUCUGGAAGGGCCAGUGCGUUAGAGCCCGAGGCACCCCCUUAGGGGCCGAGGCAGCUAUCAAGCAGUAGUGGUGAAGAACUGAAGCAUAACCAUCUUCCCCUUCCCAGUGGGGCAGGAAGAGAGUGGGCGCCCAGGGGAAGAGGAGGAGAGCGCCAAAGGAAGACCUAGGCCCCCACCCAGGGUGGAAGGAGGAAACCCGCACCAACAUCUAACCUCCUUCAAGCUUCACAACUCCGUGCAGUCUGGUGGGCAGGCAGAAAGGCGAGAGACCCCUCCCCGCCACCCCUCGGGGGGCCUGGCCCGAGCCCCAGCUGGAGCAGCCUCGCCGUCUCUGGCCAGCGGCAUCCACAGGCCACUCUGAGGGCAGGGUCUCUUCCGUGGGCUCACAAGACAGUAAGGGCCACCAGGGCCUGUCCCCCAGCUUUUCAGCAGUAAAAAGCCUGCUGAGCAUGGCCAAGAUGGAAGGGCUGAGCCAGAACUCACUGUCCCUCGAGGGUAGAAGCCUCUUAAGGGCUGGCACUGGUCUCGGCCUAAUGGCCGAGGCCGUGCCCUGGUCUUAUACGCAUCUUACCACCCACCGCAGGGAGGCGGGGAAGAGGGGUCUGAGAGCCCUCCUGUGUGGGUGCUGAGCUGGGGGCUCCUACGAGCAUCCUGGAUCCAGUUGUCCUGGAGUUCCUUAAUAA